UUGUCUCUUUCUUUAACAGGAGGAUCUUUAAAUGGGUACUUGAGUAUUGCAUUUUCUGAGAAAGAGUUAUUGGUAUCGUUAGGAACAUAUCCUGACUUUCUAAUUACAAUAUGGAACUGGAGAAAUGGAGAGAAAUUGGUAACACAAGAAUCAGUACUUCGCGAAGAAAAUCAAAUGUUGAAGUGCAACUUUGGUUCUGUAUUCUCUAUAGAAGGAGAGCAAAGAAAUGUUUCAUUAGCCAUUAAAUGGGAUGGCAUAAGGGGCCACACAACCCCGUGUAUGGCUUGGCAUAAAAAUGGCAUUGUCUUAGCCGGCCCAGACGGAACAAUAAAGCUUUAUACUGUUGUUGCACGUCGCAGAGCAAGCAUUUCAAAAGGUCCUGCACCAACUGGCCCUGCCUGGAAAUUAGUAUGGACAGCUCACCCAAAAUAUCCUUUUGCGGCAUUGUGUGGAGCAGAACAUCAUGGUAUCCACGAACUUUAUGGAUUUACUGUCAGGGGAGAGCUCUAUUCCCUCUCUGAAAAUAAUUUAAAUCAAGUUAAAAACUUUGGAGCGGGAAUCAAGGAUUUUUAUUUCAUUUAUCCUCAAAUGGACUACAUUGUUACUCUCAACAAUGCUGGAAACUUGAUGGUGUGGUAUAAGGGAACAGGACAAAUGGUAGCUGGGAUGCAUCUGGGGCAAAACUGUCAUAAUAUGCACGCAAGUCCUGCAGCUCCCCUUCUGGCAGUAGGCCGUUCAGAUGGAUAUAUCAUUUUGGUGAGUGUGGAGAAACCUACAGAGCCAACUAUAGUGGGAGAAUUGCCCUUAUGCCUUGACGAUAUCGGUCUUCUGGCAUUCACCAGCAGUGGCAAACACCUGCUCGCAGGAACCAAGACGACUGGCCACAUCUUUGUGCUGAAGGUGGAGUCGGACGACGGGAUGCCGACGCUGCGGCCGCGCCUGAAGGUGGCGCUGGCGUCGGGCCACCAGAUUCGCAGCACGACCGUGCGGCUGGCGCGUGACGUGGUGGUGACUUGGGGCGCGGACGGGCUGGUGGUGCUGCGGUGCGCCGCCACGCUGCGCCCGCUCGCCGCCAUCACCGGGCACCACCGCGCCGACGGGGGCGUGGCCCGAGCGCGCACCGACCCCGGCGCCACCAUGCUGCUCUCGCUCGGCUACGACGGCGCCUUCGUCGCCACCGACAUGCGCGCGCCAGGGUGCGCGCUCUCU